AUGCAGCCUCAUUUAGACAACAACAGUAAUAAUGACGAUGUCAAAUUGGAUACAUUAGGGGAACAAAAUGUGUUAUCAUCCGCAGAAAAUAUCACUUUACCUGAAGACACCUUUAAAUCAUAUAUGACCUACUUGCUGUACGAGAUGGCUCAUUACAAACCGAUGAUAUUUUCCUUCUUGGCACUUUCAGUUUCAAUUUUAAUAGUUGUGAUCUUUCAUAAUGUUAAAGCUUGUGAUGUCGUUUUUGGUUUUUCAAUUUUCGUCACUUCUAUUUUGUUUUUGUCUACGUUGAUUCCGUUUAAUGUGUAUAUCUCGGAUGAGGGUUUCAGAAUUAAGCUUUUGCUGGAAGUUAUCACCCACAGGCCAGCGGUAAAGGGAAAAGAAUGGAGAGCAAUCACAGACAAUAUGAAUCAAUAUUUACUUGAUAAUGGUUUAUGGAGUACUCGCUAUUACUUUUAUAGUAGUGAAAGAUGCUACAAAUUCUUCAGAUUUCUUGUGAAAGAAAAACCCCCAGGUGUGAAUGUAAAUUCAUCGGUAAAGGACGCCACAAGUACGCAGAUAGAUGCACCAGCAAAUGAGGCUUCAAAUGAGGUAAUAAAAUGCUUUAGUUUCAGUUCUGACCCAAUAUUCGAAGCAUACUUUGUUAAAGCAGUAGAAGUUGAGAAACAAGCACAACAGGAAUAUUGGAGAAAGCAAUAUCCUGACGCCGAUAUACCAUGA